GCGCAUCGCAUCGCAUCGGCCGAAACUCGUGAGGCGCCAAAACUCUAUCACGCGACCCCCGGCAAGGCGGCGGCGGCGGCGUCUCGGCACCGGACAGCACACCCAUGGCGGCGGAGGGCGGCGGCGGCGGAGGAGGGGGGAAGGUGUCGUUCAAGGUGAUCCUCACCUCCGACCCCAAGCUCCCCUUCAAAGUGUUCAGCGUGCCGGAGGCGGCGCCCUUCACCGCGGUGCUCAAGUUCGCCGCCGAGGAGUUCAAGGUCCCGCCCCAGACCAGCGCCAUCAUCACCAACGAUGGAGUAGGCAUCAACCCACAGCAAAGUGCAGGCAACGUGUUCUUGAAGCAUGGCUCGGAGCUGCGCCUCAUUCCUCGCGACAGAGUUGGAGCUACGGCGGCGUCUUUCUAGUCAUUGUUAGAGUCAACAAUGAAGAAACCUAUAUAUAACAGGAAUAAAAGCAUGUCGAUGCUCGGUUGUAUAAUGGAUGUAACAUGGUUGAGUAUAAUUUGCCACCAACAGCCAGCCCUAUGAUUGACAGGAUGAAUGCAGUUUGCCAGACAGUGCCAUGUGCUCCUGUCUUUGUUUGCA